AUGAUCACAAUUUUGUGCACCAUCUUCCCAUACCACCCACAAACCAAUGGUCAAGUUGAAAUUUCAAAUAGGGAACUCAAGAGAAUCCUUGAAAAAACUGUUGGAAACUCAAGAAAAGAUUGGUCCAAGAAGCUAGAUGAUGCAUUAUGGGCUUAUAGAACAACCUUCAAGACACCUAUUGGCAUGUCUCGAUACCAAUUAGUGUCUGAAAAGGCUUAUCAUCUAACAGUACAGCUUGAACAUAGAGCAUUUUGGGCUCUAAAGAUGUUGAACUUUGAUAAUCAAGCUGCUGGGGAAAGAAGAUUGCUACAACUCAAUGAGCUAGAAGAAUUCAGAUCUCAAGCUUAUGAAAAUGCCAAAAUUUACAAGGAAAAAGCAAAGAGGUGGCAUGACCAAAAGCUAGCAAGAAGAGAGUUGGUAGAAGGUCAAAAAGUGUUGCUGUACAACUCAAGGCUCAAGUUCUUCCCUGGGAAGCUAAAGUUAAGAUGGUCUGGACCCUUCACAACCCUUAAAGUGUCUUCCUAUGGUCAUGUAGAGCUUCUGGAGGACAAGACACAGAGGACUUUUACUAUCAAUGGCCACAGACUUAAGCAUUAUUUGGGAAACUCAUUGGAUGGGCAAAGAGUGAGCUUUAACCUCAGCUAA